AAAUUGCAUAUUUUACGCGGAUGACGGUGGAUUCGCUGGUACCGAUGAACACAAUCGUCCCACAAAUUAUAUUUAUUAUUUAGGUGUUAUUGACAUUUUAACUCCAUAUAAUGCGGUUAAGAAAUUUGAACAUGCUUUUAAAUCCGUCAAUCAUGAUAAGUGGUAUGGUAAACGUUUCUUAGACUUUAUGGUUAAAUCAAUUAAGCAUAGCGAUAAUGAUAAUGAAACUGGCAAUGAUCAAGCCAUGGCGGAAAAAUCUACAUCUAUUUCAUAG